AUCACAGGUUUCACGAAUCUAGGGUUCCCAUUCAUCCACCCUCUCUCUCCUCUCCUCUCCUCUCCUCUCUCUCUCUCUCUCUCUAUAUAUAUAUAUAUAUAUAUAUAUACACUUUCUCUCUCCGCUCUCAGAUCCUUCAAACUCCAAACCCAUUCAUAUAUUUCUCCCCCUCGCCCUCCAAUGGCCCUCGCUUAAUUUCUUUCCCCUAUCUAUGCUUUCUUCUAGCUAGGCAGCGUUCAAUGGUUGCUGACUUAUAUGUACCUGUUUCAGCAGACAAGAUGAGUCAUGAAAAUGUAGUUCAUGAACAACAUUCUGCCCCUGGAGAAGGUGUAGUUUUGGAGAAAAUGAAUGGGGUUCCAGCUAGUGGUUCUGAGAUUGCUGCGCCAAAUGGGAAUGCAGAAACUGUUGCCGUGCUGGAAGAUGAUGGAAUUAUUUACUCGUCUACCAUAGCAGUGCUGGACAGACCAACUGCUCAUGCUGAAAGUAAUGGUUUGACUGCCUCUAAGGAAGUUGGAGUGAAAAAGAGAGAUUCAUCAAAGGGCCCUAAACAAGAAAAGAGUCAAAGUAAGGAAAAAAAUGACAAGCCAUCUAGCACCAAAUGUGCUGCAACAACGGGGUUGAAAAAGAGCAAAGAUGGAAAAGAUAUGGAGACGACUUCUGCUCUUCCCAAUGGUUCCUCGGCUUCAAAUUCCCGACCUAAAGAGCCCCUUUCUCAUGCAACAAAGAGUAGAUCAUCCAAUGGCAAAGUGGUUUCUGGUAUCAAUUCUAAACCAGCACCUACUAAAGUCUAUGUUCGGUUACCCAAGGAAUCCGUAAAUUCUGAUGCUGCGUCAUUAUCCGUGAAUGUGACACAUUCUGAAGGCCUUUUGGAGAAGACAAAACUGAAACCAUUGAAAAAAGCCCCCCCAAAUAGUGCAGAAGGAAGCAUAGAAUCUACACCAAGCCCCACUGCAUCGGAUGGUACCCGCAGAGUGGGUACUCUUCCAGCCUACAGUUUCAGUUUUAAGUGUAACGAGAGAGCUGAAAAAAGAAAAGAGUUUUAUUGCAAGCUGGAGGAAAAGAUUCAUGCGAAGGAAGUAGAAAAAAGCAACUUGCAAGCCAAAACAAAGGAAACUCAAGAAGCUGAGAUUAAGAUGUUAAGAAAAAGCUUGACUUUUAAAGCUACACCCAUGCCAACCUUCUAUCAGGAACCUCCACCUCCUAAGCCAGAGUUAAAGAAGAUACCAACAACGAGAGCCAAGUCUCCCAAGUUUGGAAGAAAGAAGGACUCACCCUCCAGCGACAUCGAAGGAAACACUAGCUGCAACCUCCGACCUGUUCGGUUAAGUUUGGGUGAGAAGUUGUCCGAAAAUAAUACAACCACCAAAGGGACUCCUACCUGUCCCAAGAAGCCCCAGCGUAAGUCCCUCCCAAAGCUGCCUUCUGAAAAGACCAUCUUAACCCCGACUAAUAAAACGAACGAAGCCGAGUCUCAUGAAAUCACCGUACCAAAGGAGACAACUGAAAUCGCACCUAAUGCUGAGCCAAGCUAUAUUCAGCCCAACAAAGAUGACAUGGCUGUGGCUGAGACUAACUUCGUGGAGGAACCAAUUGCAUUGGCAAAUUGAACUCAGACGGCAAUGGAACGUGGCAGUAUUUGAUGAGUCCUCAACCCCAUUUUCGUGAAAAUAUUACCAGAGGUAUAUGUCUAAGAGUUUGAGUCAAAAUGAUUAUGAAUGCGUGAAGGAUUUAUAUUAUUGAGGGUUGUUAUUGUGGUCUUGUCUAUAGGCAACAGCAAGGUUGUGCUCACUUAAUGUUCAAUGAAUUUCGAGAUUUUCUAGUUUGGUCGUUAGGAUUGUGCAUUAUCCUAUGCAGCAUUGUACGAUAACUGUUUGCCAGUUUGGAAUGCUAAAUUAUGUUAAAUGUCUUUCGUUUGCUUGGUCAA